GCCAGGCGGCGCCCAUACGUAAACAUGGCGGCAUGCGUUUGUUUUGGGUGGUUCGUAAGUUAAGUUGUAGAAGAAAUAAUGACUGGAGCGAUAGCGUUCGCUUCCCCCGACCGCGUCCCUAAAGGUGCAGUUCUGCUCACGAGACAGCAAGCAUUGGAACAUCACUGGGAACUAAUUAGUAAAUGGAAGCCAACAAGCGAGAUGUUCCCCCUGAGGGCUGGUAGCGGCAUAUCAGCGAGCGCCGUGGGCAUCAGCAGCAUGAUCAUCCACAGCAUGUUCCGCAAGCACUACCGUCUCCAGAGCUUCGCCCGCGCAUCAACCUACCUGCCCAGUGUUGCCCUCCCCAUGAUUGGGGCCUUCCUCUCCCAACACCUGGUGGCCUCUGACAUCAUCUUGUUGAACACCCGAUGUACGGCGUGCUUGCAGAGCAAGGGCAUUGCCCAGCAGCUGUUCUUCGGCCUCCUCUACCCCGUGGUGACGGGUCCCGCCCUCUGCAUAACGUUCGCUCUGCGUUACAACACCUACGCCCUUCCACCCCUCAAGACCCACUAUGGCUCCAUCAUCCAAGACGCCCUGAUGACCGUGAAGCGCAGUGCCACCAUCGUCACCAUCUUUGGAUUACAGGCGGCCGUUGCGUUUCUCCUGCUUCACAUGCAGAUGCGCAGCGUUUUAAAGCUGCACAGCAGACACUAUCUUGGUGAAUAACAUUUUUUGCAACAAUAAACGGAUAGGUGGAUAGA